AUGACAUCUCGGGCUCCUUCUGUGGCCCCGAGUCAUGACAACCAGUCCCAUUUCCACUUCAUAGUGAACACCGACAACUCGGGCUCGCUGGUCAGGGACCAUCUUGCCAACGAGCGAAGUCUUUUGGCCUAUUUCCGCGCAACCGUCACAUACUUUACAGUGUCUAUAAGUGCGCUUCAAUUGUUCAAGAAAAACAUCAUAACUCAUCUCAUAUCUCCCAAUCCAGACACUGCGCGUUUGAAAGUUGAGGAGCAGUUCUACGAUACUCUAGUGCGUCCUUGGAGUAUUAUAAUGUGCGUUUUGGGGCUCAUUUUUAUCAUCGACUCUGUGACACGGUUUCUAAUCAACUCCAAUCACCUCACCGAUCUCAACAGAUUCGAUAUCGAUGGCAAAGUGAUCCCGUCUGUGAUCGUGCUGAUGAUCGUGCUCGAUAUCUAUCUUCUGGUGAAGAUUGCUACACUACAUAUUUCUGCUAUCUAA